AUGCCUGGAAUUCCCGUCCCCUUUAGCGACAUCGCUAAGCCCGCCAACGAUCUCCUCAACAAGGACUUCUACCACACCACCGCUGCCAAUCUCGAGGUCAAGUCCAAGGCACCGAAUGGCGUUGUUUUCAACGUCAAGGGCAAAUCCGCGCACGAUGGACCUAUCUCUGGCUCGAUUGAAGGGAAAUACACCGACAAGGCAACUGGCCUCACCCUGACUCAAACCUGGACCACCUCCAACAGCCUCGACACCAAGCUCGAACUGGAAGACAACAUCACUAAAGGUCUGAAGGCCGAGGUCCUGACAAACUACCUCCCCGCGAAAGCCACCUACGGCGGCAAGCUCAACCUUUUCUACAAGCAGCCCAACAUCCACACCCGCCUCUUCACAGAUGUGUUCAAGGGCCCCACCGCCUCGUUCGAUGUUACUUUGGGCCACGAAGGUUUCUUGAUUGGUGCCGAGGGAGGGUAUGAUGUGGGCAAGGCUGCCAUCACAAAAUACGCCCUUGCGGCAGGAUACUCGCAGGGCUCUUAUGCCGCUGCGUUGACGGCCACGAAUAACUUGACCGUCUUCAGCGCGAGCUACUAUCACAAGGUCAACACUGAGGUCGAGGCAGGUGCCAAGGCUACCUGGGAUAGCACGCAAGGAAGCAAUGUCGGCUUGGAGGUUGCGACAAAGUACAAGCUCGAUCCCAGCUCCUUUGCGAAGGCCAAAAUCAACGACCGCGGUAUCGCUGCUCUGGCGUACAACGUCAAGCUCGGCACCGGCGUGACCCUUGGAUUGGGCGCCUCUUUGGAUACGCAGAACCUCAACCAGGCCGCGCACAAGGUUGGAGCAAGCUUCACCUUUGAGGGAUAA